AUGUUUGGAAAUGGGGAUGGAAGCAGAGCAUCUGUGUUUAGAGAUGAGUUUGAGUUGACAGUAGGCCAAAGACAAGAUCAUGGGGUCAAGUUGUGUCCAGGACUAGAGAUGAUUGAGAGGGCAGCGUACAAGCUGCACUUAUUGACAGGAAAGGGAUGUGCCCUCUCCUUGAUGGUGAUAGAGGCACAACCUGACAUGCCCACUGUUGGAAUUGUAACUUUGUAUUCAUCACUUCUCACCUUCACUCUUCAUGUCCACCCUGACCGACUUGAUUAUGCAGAUCAAGUCUUGGGAGCAUGUGUGAAAAAACUAUCUGGCAAAGGGAAAAUUGAAGACAACAAGGCAACUAAGCAGAUUGUUGCUCUAUUAAGUGCUCCACUACAGAAAUAUAAUGAUAUUAUGACUGCAUUGAAGCUUUCAAAUUAUCCUCGUGUUAUGGAAUACCUUGAUAUUCCAAAUACUAAGGUCAUGGCAACUGUUAUUAUUCAAAGCAUUAUGAAAAAUGGAACACGCAUUUCUACAUCAGAAAAGGUUGAAGCAUUGUUUGAAUUGAUAAAAGGGCUCAUCAAGGAUUCUGAUGGGAUUCCUAAAGACGAGCUUGAUGAAGACGACUUCAAGGAGGAGCAGAAUUCUGUUGCCCGACUGAUACAGAUGCUUUAUAAUGAUGAUGCAGAAGAAAUGUUUAAGAUCAUUGAUACUGUGAGGAAGCACAUACUGACUGGAGGACCAAAACGUCUGCCUUUCACUGUUCCACCUCUUGUUUUUUCUUCUUUAAAGUUGGUCAGACAAUUGCAAGGUCAAGAAGAAAAUCCUUUUGGAGAUGAUGCCUCAGCAACACCAAAGAAAAUUUUUCAGCUUUUAAAUCAGACCAUCGAGACUUUGUCAGGUGUCCUUGCACCAGAAUUAGCGUUGCAGUUGUACUUGCAGUGUGCUGAGGCUGCAAAUGACUGUGAUUUGGAACCUGUUGCUUAUGAAUUUUUCACCCAGGCUUAUAUUCUAUAUGAAGAAGAAAUUUCUGAUUCCAGAGCACAGGUCACAGCUAUCCAUUUAAUAAUAGGGACACUUCAAAGGAUGCAUGUCUUUGGUGUUGAAAACAGAGACACUUUAACUCACAAGGCCACAGGGUAUUCAGCAAAGCUUUUAAAGAAGCCAGAUCAAUGUAGAGCUGUAUAUGCAUGCUCACAUCUGUUUUGGGUUGAUGAUCAUGAUAACAUAAAAGAUGGAGAGAGGGUUCUAUUAUGUCUCAAACGGGCUUUAAGAAUUGCAAAUGCUGCCCAACAGAUGGCCAAUGCAGCGCGAGGUAGCACGGGAUCAGUAAUGCUCUUCAUUGAGAUAUUAAACAAGUAUCUUUACUUCUUUGAGAAAGGAAACCUACAAAUCACCGUUGCUGCUAUCCAGGGCCUAAUUGAGUUAAUUAUGAAUGAAAUACAGAGUGAUGCCACGACUUCAGAUCCAGCUGCCGAUGCUUUCUUAGCCAGUACUAUGCGAUAUAUAGAGUUCCAGAAACAAAAAGGUGGUACUGUUGGCGAGAAGUAUGAAGCCAUCAAGGUUUCACACACAGGAUGA